GGUGAGUUGACAUUGUUUACACUGUGCUUAGUUGUAAGCACAAAAUAUUUGUUUUACAUUUCUCUGUUCAGUGAGUGAAACUUGUAGAAUGUUUGAACCCAUAUGCUGUGGUUUCAUGACUAGUUGGCCAUUUCCCCAUAGCAGGAAAUAGAACUGUCUGAGCGUAAUGACAACUACACAUUCAUUUCUUGCCAAACUUUCUAGUUCACAAACAUGUCCUCACCCCAUACUCUGAGAGUUUUAACAUCUACUGGUGGGCUUCCAAUGUGGAUGAUGCUUCUUCAUCUCUACAUAAGCUAUGCAUUGAAAUGCUUUAUUUUCAGUUGUUGCAGAAGACAUCAGAGUAGUUGGACGAGUAGGAAACUCCAUAUUCCUUCACCCUAAAAUGCACUUACACACCAAGAUCUCUGAUAUAAGAUGGAAACAUGAUAAUACAGAUAUGUUAAUAGCUAGAAAUGGUAUGCUUGUUAAUUUAAUGGAUAGGUGUGAGAUCUUUCUAAAUGGUUCACUGAAGUUUAAUGAAGGACUGAAAAGAGACAGUGGAAAUUAUACUGUUCAACAAUACAGUGAAAAUGGAGGCCGUUUAUCCGAGCGGCACAUUGAGCUCAGUAUUCUAGAACCUGUUUCCAAACCAAAGGUGAGAACCUCCUGUACUUUUGAUGGGAGAGUUGUUCUGACCUGCUCUGUUGACAAAGGAGACAGAGUUGUGAUGAUCUGGACCGAGCAGCCAUAUGACUGGACAGGGUCCAAUCAGACCCUGAGCUCAGGUCCUGUUCUAUUCCUGGACAGCCAUACGCCUGGAAACCUGACCUGUGUGGCAAUGAACAAUAUAAGUGAGGAAGGCUUCAGCCCAGUUGUCCCAACAUGCAGAGGUCACAGGUCAGCUGUGGCUGCAUUUGGUCUCUUUGCAUUUGCACUGACGACACUGGUCGUCGCCAUUCUACAUUUGAAGAAGAGGCGUCAGAAAAAGAAAAAAGGUCAAAGUCAGACUGAAUAUGUGGAAGAGAACAACUACAUUGAGAUGCGUGGGGAUUUAUGCAACAAAUGGCCACAGGAGGAGACCACAAUCCACCCGGACCAAGACACCUCCCGUUACGAAUUCUGCAGACCUCUUGCACCUGCUUCCAGCCAGAGAAAGAGACGACUAUCACUGGAAUUGAAUGAUAUCUAUGUAUGAAGAACAAUGUGUUAAUGGCAUUACAUUUCAAUAGCAUCGAUUUGUUUUCCAAUGUGAUUAUAACUGAUAAUUUUUUACAAUUCAUUAUGGUGUAUUUCUGCGAUAGAUUUAUUUUUGUUGCAUAGUCGUAGAGCCUAGAGAAGCGACAUAUAGGGCAUUAUUUCACCUGUAUUUUGAUAUUGUAUCAUACCCGUACUGACUUUGUUAUCAGACUGGACCACUAGGUGGAAGCAUUACAGUAUGAUAAAGAAACAGGUGACGAGAGGUGAGAAGAAACAUCACAGGAUUACUGUCAUUACAUCAAUAGUUGUUUCAAAACAUAUGGAAGCUGCUGGGACGACUGUAAAUGAUUCCAUUUCAAACUGUUCUGGUUAUUAUUGUGUAAUGUAUGUUUUUCUUCACAAUGUCCAGAUAAAAGACUCCUGAGUGGCACAGCGGUCUAAGGCACUGUUUCUCAGUGCUAGAGGUGUCACUACAGACCCUGGUUUGAUUCCAGGCUGUAUCACAACCGGCUGUGAUUGGGGGUAGCUAUCUCUCCAGUAACAGGGUUGGAGUUAAAACCUACAGGAGGGUAGCUCUCCAGUAACAGGGUUGGAGUUAAAACCUACAGGAGGGUAGCUCUCCAGGAACAGGGUUGGAGUUAAAACCUACAGAAGGGUAGCUCUCCAGGAACAGGGUUGGAGUUAAAACCUACAGGAGGGUAGCUCUCCUGGAACAAGGUUGGAGUGGAAACCUACAGGAAGGUAGCUAGCUCUCCAGUAACAGGGUUGGAGUGGAAACCUACAGGAAGGUAGCUAGCUCUCCAGUAACAGGGUUGGAGUGGAAACCUACAGGAAGGUAGCUAGCUCUCCAGUAACAGGGUUGGAGUGGAAACCUACAGGAAGGUAGCUAGCUCUCCAGUAACAGGGUUGGAGUGGAAACCUACAGGAAGGUAGCUAGCUCUCCAGUAACAGGGUUGGAGUGGAAACCUACAGGAAGGUAGCUAGCUCUCCAGUAACAGGGUUGAAGUGGAAACCUACAGGAAGGUAGCUAGCUCUCCAGUAACAGGGUUGGAGAGCCCUGGCACUACAUACUACACUCAUUACAUUGUUCAAGUCACCAGUCCAGUUUCAUUACAGGUGAUGUUAGAAUGAAGAAUGCACAAACAUGUAAAUACCUACUUUUUUUAAGUGUCAAAUAAACUACAUAUGCAUAC